ACUAGACAUGGAAGCCCGUUAAGCGAAAACUUCUAUUCUGUCCACAAACAUUUGAGCCAUUUGAACUAUUUUUUCACAGGCGCGGUUCUUGAAGUGUUUCACGUUAUGGAUCGUAAGGCAGUCAUCAAAAGUAAACUACAAGGAAUAGAGAGCUAUAACCCUGAACACAUAGCAGCACUUGAAGAACAUCUUUCGUGGCAGCUUAUAAAUAAUGAUUAUGAUUUCGAAGCUAAUUUAGCUCUACUUAGAUUAUAUCAAUUCUAUCCAGAACGUUUCAAUGCUGAGUGUGCGAGGUUAGUGCUGCUAAAGGCAAUUAUAAGCAUGAGUCACUCAGAUUUUACAUUGUGCAAGUACUUGAUUCAUCUGGAACAUCUCAAUGAAGAGCCACUUUCACAGGUUGUGAAACUUGGAUUUUUCCUGGAAACUUGUCGGUUUUCUGAGUUUUGGACGAAAGUUAAAGAAAAUCCCAAAAUUUUUUCUGCUAUCCCUGGAUUCCGUGAAUCCGUAUGUAAAUUUAUUGUACAAAUUAUUUCACAAACCUAUCAACGUAUAUCCAAAUCAUUAUUAAUGAGUUUUUUGGAUAUGUCAGAAAAUGAUUUAAAACAAUUCAUUAAACAAUUUGGAUGGUCAGAAACAACCGACGAUGCUGAUCAUGAUCAACAACUGAUCUUAGUUAAUAAUCAUGAAGAAAAUAUCAAAUCCGUACAAAUAAGAGAACGAGUGAAUUUCGAUUCAAUCACAUCAAUGUCUGAUGCAUUUAGACCAUCAAAAAGUGAUUUCUUUAUUAAAACAACAUACAAUAAUAAUCAUAAUCAUAUUCAUACUAAAUAAAUUAAUUCAUUAUUUAUUAUAUAAAGGAAUAC